UUUUUUGAGAGGCGUUGCCGCACACCGACUACUCAAGGAUUAUAUACCCGCAGACAGCCACACAUUUUCAUACAUUGCGCAUUUAGCCGUUGCAUACAACACACUAAGCGUCAGAGUUGGAGAUAUUCAGAGAAAUAAAGCAAUGGCCAACUACAUUCACGUACCCGACGAGGCUCCCGUGGUGCCCAAAAUAGACGUGACAGUGGACGAAAGCGACUACAGAUCCGGUGCACUGAAGCUGAUUAAGGAGCUGAGACCGAACUGGAAGCCAUCUGAGGUCAAACUGAAGUUUUUCACGGACGGGAUAACCAAUAAGUUGCUGGGCUGCUACUUGGGUCCAGUAAUGCAGGAUGUGGUUCUGGUCCGUAUUUAUGGCAACAAAACAGAGUUGUUGGUAGACCGGGAGAAUGAAGUAAAAAGUUUCAGAGUACUACAUGCAAACCGGUGCGCGCCACAACUAUACUGCACCUUCAACAACGGCCUUUGUUACGAAUUUCUGCAAGGAACUGCUCUGGAGCCUGAGCACAUCCGCAGCCAACCUGUGUUCAGUCUCAUUGCCAGGCAGCUGGCCAAGUACCAUGCCAUCCAUGCUCACAAUGGCUGGGUGCCCCAGUCUGACCUGUGGCUGAAGAUGGGCAAGUACUUUGCCCUCAUCCCCAAGUACUUCAAGGACCCUCAGAAGAAUGCCAGGUUGAGAGAGGAGGUGCCCAGCCCACGGUGCCUCCGAGAAGAGCUGGUGUGGCUCCAGCAGAGCUUGUCUGUGUUGGGCUCCCCCGUAGUCCUCUGCCACAAUGACCUGCUCUGCAAAAACAUAAUCUAUAAUGAGGAGGCAGGCAAUGUAAAGUUCAUUGACUACGAGUAUGCUGGGUACAAUUACCAAGCCUACGACAUUGGGAACCAUUUCAAUGAGUUUGCUGGCCUGAAUGAAGUGGAUUAUAGUCACUACCCACAGCGGGCCUUUCAGCUGGAGUGGCUCCGCUCCUACCUGGAGGCCUAUAAGGAGCACAAGGGCCAGGGCAGUGAAGUGACUGACAGAGAGGUGGAGGUUCUUUAUGUCCAAGUCAACCGAUUUUCCCUGGCAUCUCAUUUCUUCUGGGGCCUCUGGGCUCUGAUUCAGGCCAAGGUCUCCACUAUUGACUUUGACUUCUUAGGAUAUGCAGUGCUGCGCUUCAACCAGUACUUCAAGAUGAAACUGGAAGUAGCUGCGCUGAACUUACCCGAAUAAAAGCCCCCGCCCCCUCAUCUUCUCUUCAUCCCGCUCUUCCUCCCUUCCUAUCUGCUCUCAGCCUCACAUGACGACUGCAGAGCGCCCUGAAAGGGGGCCAAGUAGGGAAGAGCCAGACUGAGUCUGUCCUGCUCAGUGCCUACAGGUCCCCUCUACAUGUCCUUAUCUCUAUAGAUUGAAUGGACCACAAGCUCGUCCAUCCUCUGCUGUCACACCUUUGUUAACCGGUAGCCCAAAUCAUUUGUAAUGUGGGCGUGUGUGAAGUACAAGCGUAAGACCUGCUAUAAUGUGAAGCCCACAUGGAUUUGUCCAGAUAGAUUUAAUUUUAAUAAUUAAUCUAAUAUCAAUUACGAUAAUAACAUGAUAUCAGCGUUUUGUAGUUGUAAGCAGCCUUUGUAGCUCAAAUCACUCUAAAAAAGGAAAAAGUGGAAUUACUGACAGUCACCUAUGUGACAGAAAGGUGGCCCAAACACUGAUCUGAUUGGCUGGAGACGUUCAUAUAUGAAUUCAUAGGGAAAGCCCAAAAGGGCCAGCACAGCCAAAGACCAAAUUAACAACAUGAAAACAACACAAAGCCUGCUUUGUAUGCUAAAGAUCAAAGAAAAAUGGAAAAAAGAAGAAAUUCCAACAUGGAAAGGCCAGUGCUGUCCCUCAACCCCAUGUGAGAUGAGCUAAAUCACUCAACAACAAAAAAAAAAAAACUUGUGGCCUGCCUUGUGACUCUCUUGUUUUCACCCUUAUUUUCCUCAGCAUACCAUGCAUGGGUGGUGCGCCAGAAUAGCUGUGUAGUCAUUGUUGCUGUGUAGUUUGGUGAGGGCUCACAUGUUUUGACUCUCUGGACUGAAGGUAGAGACAGUGAGUUGUAGCAGGGCGUCUUGUGUUUACAUCUAACCUCUCCCUUAAGUUACAUAGUUGUGAAUCAGUGAGCAGUCACAUGACUUUAGGGAGGUUUUCACUGUAAUGUAUGUUUCGUUUUCCUGGCUUUUGUUUAAAUCCUAACUGGGGACAAGUUUGCAUCUCACUGUAAUUUGAACAUUCCAUGUUCAUAAUGCUAGAUUAGGAAAUCUGGUUGUGGUUCACUUGGUAAGUUAGCAGCGUUGGGCACUUUAUUCACUGUGACAUCGACUGUAAGACAUGCUGUACUAAACGAGACCAAACCAUUAUGUUGUCUGCUCCAUGUCAGGGAACAUUUGUGAAUCAUCUCUAAUAUUUCAAAAACACUGCUGUUCAGUCCUAAUGAAGUGUGGACAUUUAAUGCACUUGUAGACCAGUUUUCAUUCAUGUGUGUAUUAAGAUAAGUCGGAUACAGCCUUGAGAUUGGGAGCCACUGUUGGCAUCCAUCAUUUGAAAGUGCUCAGUGUUAAAGGUUUGCUUAAAAGAAAAGUGGAUUUUGGUGGAAACGAAAGUGGAGUGUAUUGGUUACACACAUCUGAAAGUAGUAAAAAGUAAUGCUAUGAAAGUCAGCUGUAAGUGGGACCCAGGAGCAAGAGCACCAUCUAUUUGAGGAAAAAAUAAUGGCUGCUGUCACUAACUUCUUAAUAUUCACCUUUGACCUUCAUGUUAAUGGUUUUUUUAAUGAGCUUUAGGAAGCCCUUUAAAAACAGGUUUAUCUCUUUGUUACUUUAACAAGCCUACACCAAAGUGCUGACAUCUGUUUUUUGCUUGUACAUAAUGCACACUGUAUCAUUUUCCAUGUAGCACAAAGAGAAUAAUUCUAAAGACUUUUUAUACUUGUUGAGGCUGAGGUCUUUGAGAGGAUGUGGAUGUUUGCUCCAGCACAUGACUCCUGGGCAAAUGAUAGCAUUUUUAAAUAAAAUGAAACAUUAUUUGUCAGAACAGCAACUGGUUCAUAGCUUUCAGAGUAGUUUAAACAAAUUAUGUCAAAUGUGGUGGGACAUGUUGUUUCCUCCAAAGCAGUCUGUAGGUCGCAUGUUUGCCCAGGUGCUCUCUGCUGUAACAAGUUUGCAAAGUUCUGUGAAGAGACCAUUACUGACAAGACUGGAGUGUCCAUGUCUCAUGUUCACACUGUUGUGCCUGUGAAAGCUCUUAUUUUGUACCAAGCAGUUUCUGAAGUUUCAAGGAUGGGCCUUUUACUUCACGUCUGUCUUUAAUUUAGACUUGUGUGUCUUUCAAGCUGGUGAAAUAAGAUGGAAUUUAAAUUUGAAGUGUAUGUAUGUUGGCUUUUUACAUACUGAAUGUGAAAAUCUUCCAUAAAAGGGUACUUGGUGGUAAAGGGUUGAGAUAAGUUACUGGUUUGACUUGCGUUGGUUCUGUGAAAGAUUGUUUUCUGUUGGGUGUCCAGUUAGUAACCUGUCAGACCACAUUUACACAUAAUACGCAUACAUUUAUGCAGUUUGUCCAAUCAAAUUGUUCAGGAUUUUCAAAAUGUUAACAACUAUACCAGGGAAAUAUUUCCCCAUGUACCUGAAACGUGCAUUUUCACCUUACAUCAUACAGGUAAUCUUAUUACUACUAAUUAUAUGAACCUCUACUACUAUUUAAAUUGUACAUAAGUCUGCGCUUAAAUUUCUCUGGCCACUUUAGCACAUGUUUAUAUGUACAGUGAACACAUGUAAUAAUAUCUUUGCUUUUUCUCAAAUGUGAACGA